AUGGGUAGCAACAACUCCAAACCUCAACAGCAGUCUGUUCCCGCGAACAUUGCAAACACGCCUCGAGAGGUUGCCCCAAGAAGUACACAGUCAGCUACCGAACCACAAUACGUGACGGCAUCUGGUAUUCCUGUCGUCCCCAGAACACAGCCAAGUUCGACUGUCGCUCCUGAUCCUGUGCUCCAAGAGUUCAGGGCGGCAUAUGUUGAGCCGACUGGUCGCGAAAGUGAGAUGGGCAGCAUACUGAAUCGCUUGAAGCGUCUGCGCAAGAUCUACACGAACCCUCUUGUACGACUAUCUGCAUCCAAUCGGCACCGCGUCAAAGUUAUCGAUGCCCAAAUCGAGGAACUUGAGUUCUUGAUGACAGAUGACGAAGGCAGACCUUUCGCACGGUAUCGUACCAAUGACGACGAAGAUCCCUCACCACCAUCGACUCAACUCAGCGGGAGUCUGGAAGAGCGCCCUGUUCCCAUGAUUGCCCAACUUGCCGAUCAACAAGCGUCCGAGUCGUCAGACCCUGGAGAGCCCGCGCUUACCCCCUCGUCAUGCAACUAG